AUGUUCUACUGGGGUGAUGUUCCGGUUGAAGGUGGGGCGAAGAAUGAAGGCGCGGAUUCGCAGGCAAAGCGCCAAGGGAGCAGAACGACAUCGCAAGGGCAAGAGGCUGCCGCUGUGGCCCAGGUCGGCGAUAUUGGUCCUCGGAGGGUUCUUGAUGAGGCUCGUGCUAUUCUGACGGAGCAUAACAGCAACGAUGACGAUAUGCUUCCUCCCGUCGGCAGAUUCGAGUGGGUGGACGUGGAGGAGGACACGAAACGUUUACAAGCUCAAGGCACUGGACGUCUUCUCUCUGCCUGGGGUGUCCCACCUCUACAGCCCACUGAGGCAGACAGAAGGAAGCAGAGAAUGUAUGAGAGAGUGCAUCGCACACAAUUUCGCAAGAGAAACGCAGCAAACUUCUUUGGGAACCCGGAUGAGAUCGACGAGCUGGUGCUGGAUAUUGACAAGGUCCCAGACAGGGAAGAGAAUGUCGAGAUAAAACUAAAUCGCGAAAGCAAGACGGCAACGCAGGCGGUAGCAGGCCCCAGUAGAGAUACUCCGGCUCACAAGUUGGGCGACUUAGGUGACAAUAUAUCGGACGCCAGACACCACCUCAGAGCCUCUACAGGCAACUAUCUGAACAUGGUACUCGGACAAGACCGGGUGACUGCUGCGUCCACUGCAGCCGAAAAGCAAAGCGCCGAGGCUAUAGCAGCACAAAUAAAGCUCGACACUAUCCCCGCCCACCUCCGACGUUUUAUCAACCCUCAGCUUCUUGAACUGCCAGAAGGUUCUCAGGUGGUCAAGAUAUCCGGAGGAAGAGAACACGCCAUGGUGCUCCUGAAAACAAGCGAUCAUCUUGAACGCAUCUUACCUCGGCAUCAAGAAAACCAAGGGCGAGUGUUGAUGAUGGGAUCCGGUGAGCAUGGACAGUUGGGCCUUGGAGAUCAGAAGCCGCAGACGAUUCCAGUGGUGCUCGCAACUUUGGGGGAACAUAUUGGCUGGGGUGGGGGUGGCCUCCGUGUGCGCAUGGGAGGCGAUAGGAUUGGUGGCCACAGUUCAAAGGUGCGGCGUGCAAUUGACAUCGCGGCAGGGGCGAAACAUUCGGUGGCAGUCUCAGAAGAUGGGGAAGUUGCUGCUUUUGGGACAGACACCAACGGCUGUACGGGACAAGGAGAAAAUGGCCUGAGCAAGAUUCACAGACUGCCGCGUUGGAUGUACUGGAUUUCUACGGACACAACUCGUAUUCUUGCUUGUGCUACAGGAGAAAGUCAUACGUUGCUACUGUCUGCAAGCUGGCACGUGUUCACCACAGGUGACGGUGCGUACGGGAAGCUUGGUCAUGGAGACACGCGUUCAUUCUCCACACCGCGACGCGUCGAACCACUCAUUGGACUCAAGAUCUCUUCGAUAUCCGCCGGACAUAAUCACUCGCUGUUCAUAACUGACUCAGGACUUCUGUACGGCUGCGGGGCGAACUCCCAUGGUCAACUCGGAAGUGGAGAUUGUGAUGACAGGAUGUUACCCGUGCGAAUUUAUCACCCAGAUUUCAUCGGAGAUCCAGUACAUCGAUACGAGGAGGAGCCCGAACUCCGGACACUUGAGCUACAGGAACGAAUCCUUGGACCACUCCCUGGUGUCAAAGGCCAGUUCCUCUCCAACUUGGAGGCUGCGAGGCCUUUCGCUCAGCCCACCGAACAACAGCUCGAAGCUGCGGUCAAGGCAAGAGAAGCCAAACUUGGAAUCCAACAGCAACAAACUGAUGAAGAAAUCAGGUUAAAGUUAGGCAUUGCCGCUUCCAAGCCAAACACAUCCAGAGUAAUGCAAGCAUGCGGUGGACGAGCACAUACUGUGAUCUUAACGCAGCUUGGUCGGGUAUAUGUUUGUGGACAGUCGAAUCGGGGUCAGCUCGGUCUCGGAAAUCGCAACUCCGUUUGGCAACCAACGCCAGUUCAAACUAUGGUAAAUCUUUCGUGCGUGCAGAUUGCAGCCGGAGAUGAUCAUAGCGUCAUGCUGAGCUCUUUAGGGCACGCUUACGUUUGCGGUAGGAAUGACACUGCCCAGCUUGGCGACGGCACCUUGGACGAUAGCUUGGUUCCCAAACCUAUGCAGCCUGUUAUUACGAAAGAACUCAUGCGAGAUAAAUCUAAGUAUGAGAUUCUAUCCCUUCAGAACCAUCCGAUGUUUGGCGUUCUCAUCGAGCAGGUAUUUGCCGCAGGAUCAUCUACCUUUGCCGUUGUUUCAGGUGGUGAAAACGUUUACGUUUGUGGCAGUGGGGCUUAUGGACAUCCCCAAGAUCGGAACCCAACUGGAUUCGCUGAAAUCCUACGGCUUACAUUGGAUGACAAGGAGCAGAAAAAAGCUUUAGUGAUGGCUUCAACUGUGCGAAUGCUUCGCCCUGACGAACAAGGUUUCAAUGAUUUGGUACGUCAGAUGGUGCUCUACUCUCGAUACAAUGAAAAGUGCCUGGCCCAUAUAAUGAAGGUGAUGAUGGAGGAAGUGUUGCAGAAACCUACUUUUGUUGUACUGUACGGUUCCAUCUUAGAGGAAUGUAGGAAAACGUGCCUGGGCUGCACUGCUCUUGCAUUCCGAAGGGUCAUCCUGCUUGCGAUAGAGGACGCAGGAGUAAAACUUCUGCAUGCACAAAGUGAGACUCUGAACAAACGGAUGCUGCACAAAAUGGGUUGGGCUAAGUAUCAGCAAGAGCAGAGGGAAGGCGCAGGAUCCACAGGUGGCUCUGGACAGCUCACAUACUAUGACAUGAUAACUGACAGGGACAGCUAUAUGGACUUCAAAAGAUUUCGCGAUGAUUGCAAAGCCAUGCAGGGUCUGGUACGAGAAUUGUUUGAGGUGCACGGAAUUCUGCUGGAAGAUGAUAUGAGGGAUAUAGCUGCGGGCUUUCCUGGCAGUCAACACAGCGUCGGCAUUAUCGACAGUGAAGAGGCAAAGAAGAAGUCAACUUUUUUUGCAAGUUUGUCGCGCUGGAAAAGUCCUGGCGAACGUGCUGUGGAGGAGGCGACGCGCGCACAACAUUUGACGGAAACCCUGCAAGGAGGCAACGUUACCAAACGUGGAAGCGAGUCCGCAGAUUUAGUCCGUCAGGAGGGUUUGUCUUCCUGUCUACCUGUGCCCAGUCGCGCGAUUGAUGAGGCGGCAUGGGAGUUUUCAGAAUCUGUGGGAUGGGAGCAGUACAAGCUUUCAGAGGACAUCAGACCAGAUGAAGGGGCUGGAUGGGGAAAUUACAUCGAAGAGCAACGAAAGCAUGCAAAAUAUGUGUCUCCGGUCGUUAUCCCAGGAGAAGACAUAGAAGAAGCAGAGCUGGCAGAAGCUGAGAAAGAUCUUGACGAUCAAGAGCGCCGCCAGCUGCAGCGCCUGCGUGCACUUGAUAGACGGAAAAGACUUGUCGGCUUGGACGGGAAACGUAUUGUGGAGAGUACGCUGGCGCCUUCGUUCCAUAGGUCAAAUACUGUGAUGACGACUGCGAGAUCCGAAAUUGAGACAAUAAUGACACGUAAGCUUGGUUCAACAUCAAGCACGAGGCUUGCAGAUGAUGAUUCAGGUGGCGGUGAAAGGCGUUUAGCCACCAGGAAGUUGAAGCUACAAAAUAAACUGGCCAGUAUGGCGUCAUCAGGUGAAAGUGUUCAAACCAUCGAGGAGUACAAACAUAAUGCAGAGACAAAUCCAGCAUUCGGGUAUUUCACUCAAGAUGAAAUUGAUGCGGCUCCUCCGGAGGUGCAGGAAGAGCGCGCGAGGCGAACAUUUCAGUUUGCGCAAAAGAUACCCGAGGACAAAACAUUUGCAAUUUUUGAAGAGACAUAA